GAAUUAUCAAGAAACAAUGACUUCAAAAGGUUAUUUAAUUCUAAAUCAGUUAAAUAAAAAACAUCCUUACCGUCGUAUCUUACUGCGUCUUACUAGAAAGUGGGAAGCAAGAAAUUUAAGUAAGCAUAAUGAGUUUAUACGAAUUAAUUUUCUCUUACUCGAUGAGAAGGAAAAUAAUAUUCAAGGUUGUGUGCAUCAUUCUCUUAUUGAAAAGUUUGGAGAUAGAUUACCCGAAGGAGCCAUUAUUGAAAUAUGCAAUUUUAAUAUACAAGAUUGCAAUAAAAACUACAAAGUCUCAUAUCAUCAAUUUCAAUUAAGAUUGACAGAGAGAACAUCAGCUGCAUGUGUGGUUCAACAGUUACCUCGGAUACCGCCUGAAAAAUUUCGAUUUCGAAAUUAUGAAGAUUUAGCUCAAUUGAUAGAUUCAACACACGAUUUAUAUGAUGUGAUUGGAUAUAUCAAAAAUAUGGAGAAAACGGAUGUUCCGAGUCGGACUAAACCUGUCCUCCGUAGAGUUAUUUUAACUUUAUUGUUAGGAAGUGGACUUGAAAUACAAGCAACACUAUGGGCUGAGCAAGCAGAACUAUUUGAAGAUAAAUAUCGCGCUGUCGAAAGUAAUAAUAUUGUUCUUAUCAUGAAAAAUGUUUUGGUGAAGACAUAUGAAUGUGUAAUUUAUUUGUCGGCAUCUUCUGGCACUAAAUUCUCUUUGAAUUAUGAUUUUGAUUCUGUUACUGACUUUCGAGCAAGUUUCAGCUUUGAUGGUGGCUGUUUGGUUAAUCUAGACGAAAAGGUUGAAAUUCCUUCAAUGAAUAAUGAGAUUUCUGAAGUCCGACAUUCUAUUAAUGAUAUUUGGGAUUUCAUUGCAUCUGAUACCCCUCAG